AAGAAUGUCUCACGCAGUACUUAGGGGGAAAGCAACUAAGGCACAGACAUAUCUUGACGGUAUAUUAGAAGCAGUACUAGCGUCCAAGCAUGGAAAAGAUAUACGUAAUGUCGGUUUAUCAGAAAUACUGUUAUAUAGCAUGAACGCAAAUCGCUCCGGGAUAUACAUGAUAAAUGGUUCAACCAAUGAGUCUAUUACUAACGAACAAAUACUCAAAAUGGCGGUACCAAUAGCUAGGACAUUGAUUGCAAAAGGUUAUUCUGGAAAACACGUAAUGAUGAUAUUAAGGAAUGACGAAUACAUGGCAGCUGUUUACUAUGGUUUAAUUUUUUCUGGAGCCAUCCCAAUAUUAAUAGAUCCUAAUAGCACUAUCUAUGAAUUCACUCACUUUAACACCCUAGUUGGUCCAAGGUUGAUCUUUUGUGAACAGAAAAAAGUGGAGGAUAUUACAGAGAUACUUAAUGCAGGCAAUAUUAAUAAACCUGAGAUCGUUGUUGCGGAUAGCAAUGCUAUUCAUAAAUUCACUAAAAGUGUAAGUUCCAAUAUAGAUGACUUCAGAAUAAAACACGUAAAUCUCGACUUACCAGUUUUAAUGUUGCCCACAAGUGGUUCUACUGGAUUGCCCAAAGCUGCAGUAUUAUCAAAUGGAGGGUUGAUCGCACAGUUGCCCACUCUUUGGACACACCAUACCCGCUUUCCUAAACCAACAGAUACAGCAAUGUUAGUAUCAACUGCGCAAUGGAUGACGCACACUUGCUUAAUGACCGCUUGUCCCGUGUACCAGAUAACAUUACUAAUGACCCCUACGCCAACCAUUGACUGUCUUCUUUAUAUGAUUCGACGACAUAAGCCAACUUGGGCUCUUCUGGGGCCAACAUUUGCAAAUACUUUAGCUACUGCGGCUUCUUCUGAUGACUUGGCUUCCUUGGAGACAGUAUUAACAACCGGAGCUAAACCAGGUCCUGAUAUUAUGAAAUCUUUAAAGAGAAAGUUACCAAAAAACGUUAAUUUGUGCAAUGGCUACGGAACAACUGAAACCCAUGGAUUUAUCACCAUACCAGCAAAUGAUACUCCAUUCGAGUCAAACGGAAACAUUUUAAAUAUUUUCGAAUUUAAGUUUCAGCUGUGCAACGAAUCUGUCGAGGAAGUGGGAAAAAAUGAGCAAGGACAGUUAUAUUUACGCAGCGAAUUGUGUAUAUUGAAGGGCUAUUACAAGAAUAUUGAAGCUUACGAAGAAUGUGUAUCGAGCGACGGAUGGUGGAAGACUGGUGACAUUUUCUACCAAAACAACGACGGCCUCAUGUUCUUCGUUGAAAGACAGAAGUUUUGGUUCAAAUAUUUGAACUACCAUAUAUCUCCUGAAGAAUUGGAAUCUGUCAUAGGGAGUGUGCCAGGAGUCAAAGAAUGCGUUGUAGUCGAAACUGACAAAGGACCAGCGGCGGGCGUCGUCAGGCAACCUAAUUACCACGUAUCAGAGAAUGAUAUCAAUAAUAUUAUUAACUCUACUCUCAGUGAGUACAAACGCCUGCGAGGCGGGAUUGCGUUCGUGACGUCAUUACCACGUACACACAGCGGGAAACUGCAUCGAGCCGAUUGUCGUAACUUCAUAAACAAAAUGCUAGGAUGUCAAGAAUAAAACUCAUUUAACAUGAUAAUAUUCAAACUUUAUGGCUGCUACUAUCUUUUGUUUCAAUUGAAAGCCUAAAUUAAGUAAGCAGAGAAACGUCAAAUUCCAAACAUG